UUCCCACAAUGCAUCAGUCCAACAACGUGCGUAUAUAGAUAUCAGAAAUUCAGAAGCGGAUAACAGACUUUGGAACGAGCAACAGAAGCACAGAACUGAAAUGGAAGAUCCGAGGAGACGUUCCACUCUGUCGUUCUCUUUCAUCCUCUGCUUCUCACUGUGGCUCACGCCUGGAGAAACCUUUUGGGAUGAAUGCCUUGAUGAAUGUCCGGCGAAUUAUUUCACCUCCACGUACGGUGUGCCAUGUUCUGACAGGUGUGAAAAGCGCGGUUAUGACUACUACUGGUGCCAUUCCCAAGAGGGCUGGGACUACUGCUCACCAGGAGAGAACAUUGAUUACAAAGGCAACGCCUGUCUCAAUGACUGUGGCAAAUAUGGAGAAAGUUACUACUGGUGUAAGUUGUCGGGAGGAUCCCGGAGCCAAUGUGGUGUGGUGGAGCCGAGGGCAAUGAUUCAUGACACCAGGUAUCAGAGACAAUGUGUUGACAGGUGUCAGUACUAUGAGUCAGGGGAGUACUUCUGGUGCCAUGCUGAAGAUGGCUGGGAGUACUGCUCACCUCUACGAGACCACACCUACAAGAAUGAGCGUUGUCGCUUCAAUCACCAGUGUGGAAGCUAUGGUAAGAGUUACACCUGGUGCUACACAACAAACAACAACGACUGGGAUUACUGUGGAGUGAUCGGUAAUGGAGAGUGUGAGUUUUCCCAGACGUCCCGCGCCAAAGGACAACGCAAUAAUAAAGGAGUGAUCUGUACCAGGGAAGACGACGACAACAGGAUAGUGACCACUUUCAGAGAAGAUUCUAGUGACAUCGCUCAAACCAACAGAGAUUUACGCAACGAAGCUGUACUCUUAAUCAACCGAUGGGACAACCACGUCUUGAGUGACCUCCCCAGGUCCAACUUGAUAACGUCGGACACUCUUCGCAUUGAAAACAAGGGACUGAUCACCAGGAACAAUCAGUGGUGUUACAACCUGCAAAUCAAGAUCAUUGUACCAAGCGAUCCUGGAUGCAGCACCACUGUGGCAAAUAUCAUAGUUCCUGUUGACACGUCAGCUGAAUACGUGCGUUUGGCCUUCACCUGUAGUUUAGAGCGUCGGGUCAGUGUGGAGGUGGAAGUCAAUGAAGCAUCCAUCUCCACAAACAACCAGAACAAGAAGUGUUGUAAACGACGUAAAAAUUAACGACGCUCAAACGUGUGUAGCUGAUGAUUGUGACAGCGCACACGUGAACUGCCUCAUGUCAGAGGCAGAAUGAGUGAGUGAAGCUCUCAGUUAGCAAAAGUUCUGUCUUAAUCGGUUUCAAUCAGUCUUUAUCAAUAAUCGCUAAAUACCAGAGAAUGAUUUGUAUUAUUUGUCUUCUUAGUGCUUUCUGCGGAUGAAGUGGUUCUGUUGGCUUCAUCGGGACGGGACCUCUCGUGCUCACUGCAGCGGUUUGUGUAGUUCUACUGAUUAACACAAGAGUUCUACAUCUAAACAAAUCAAUGUCACAUCUCUGCUUUAGUUUAACGACCCUUUUAUUCUGCAUGUUUUAUUUUGAAACCCACAUUUUGUCCUAUUUCCGGUCACUUCCCUUCCUGAACGUCCUGUGUUUCCUGUGAUAAACAGGUGAUGUUCUCUCUGCCCUUCGAUCGCUGCUCUGCAAGUUUUCUGGUUUCACGUUCUGACCAAAUCGUCCAGUGUUCAGACAAUUAUCAGAUGAAAAAAUCACUUCAACCAUUGUUGUGUCUGAAAUCUUUAGUCUCUGAAUUACAAUGUGGAACCAGAACUAACCAGAUGAAACUAUGGAACAAACACACGAAGCUUCAGACGCUCAGUGAGAAAAACAUCUUCAAAGAGUCUCUGACUGAAACGUUGAUAAUUUCCAAAGAGUUUUACACAGAUUCGAGUGAGUGGAGGAGUCUUAUAAUGUGUUUCUUUUUGCUUUAGCGCUGAUACUGAGUCUGAUUAAAUGAAACAAUGCAGUAACUAUAAUGUGCCUCACAACUGAUUUAUAAACUACCUGUGUGCUUGUUGGAUGAUUUACAGCUGAAUAUCGAGCUCAGGCUGACGGGAAGAGUCGCUCAUCAAAUAUUGAGUUUGUCCUCUGCUCUCUGAUCAGACUCAGAAACGGGGUCAGCAGUGAUGAACCAAAAUCCACGACAACCUACUUAUGUAAUCUAUAUAAUCAAUUCUAUGUAAAAUGCAACACUGAUUUUCAUGUUGUUCUCUUUUUUCUUAUUAAAGCUUUGCUCAGAAUCCA